AUGGCAGCUGGUUCAUUACAUUGGUCACAGCCUUCAGUCCAUCACUCUCCAUCUUCUUCCCAGACAUUACCUUCUGCAAUCUCAUCCCCUUCCUCAGAACGACGUAGUUUAGGUGCCGGUUAUGCGAAACUCCACUCUUCUCUGUCUUUCCGUAACAGGAAUUCCCGGGCCCGAAUUAUCAGACGGGCCCUGUCAGCUAGUCUGGACUCAUUUUCCGAUGAAGAGUUUUCCAAAAAGAUUGAAGCUUUGGCCUUAAGAUUUCAUCCGGGCCAUGAAGAUCACGAUGAGGAUGAUUAUGAUUGUGACAAUAGCUCAAGAACUAACGAUUUGGACAAAAAUUUGCGAAAGUUGUGUGAUGCUGUGGAGCCCCCGGACGAAAUUAUUCCGGCCAACAUCGAGCGGAAGGCAAACAGCUUCGAUAUUCCCUUAUCCCUUAGAAUGAUAAAACGGAAAAUACAAUUGCAGGAUGGGAUUAUGGAGGCCAAGGACUCGGCUUGUUGCUCGGUGAAGAAAGCCUUCUCAUCCAUGGUGUUCAUAAUCCGCGAGCUCCAAAGCUACACUCUUCAGAUGAGGGAGAUUCUGUUCUACGAGGAUUUACAAGGUAUUCUUACGAAUGUCCAACGAGAAAUGCACGCGACUUUUGUGUGGCUGUUCGAGAAAGUGUUCUCACACACCCCAAUUCUCAUGAUGUACCUCAUGAUACUCCUCGCGAACUAUAGCGUUUACUCCAUGUCAGCCCACGCAGCCUUAGCCAAAACGCCACCUGUACAAGCGUGCCAAGUCGAUCAUGAUGAUAAUAAUUAUCCUUCAAAGAUUUCGUCUGUUGUUAAAACUUUGAGGUUGUUGCCUCCUUCAUCUAGCAAUGGAAAAACGGCCUCGAUAGGAGGGAAUAGUAAUGGUGGUGGUAGGAAGUGUAAGCCGGUGGAUAGUGGAAUGGAUGGUGAAGGGAGGUUUAACGAGUCGAAUUAUGGUGGGGUGGGCUCGAUUUCUACUAAUAUUUUUUUUUCGAACAUGUCUAGACGGGCCUCAGCUGAGGAAGAGGAGGUGCUGUGGGGCUCGAUUGUGGAUGAGACGAACGAGCACUCAGAGUAUUUGAGAACAGAUAUGUUUUACCAGUCGGAAUUGGAUCAAGAGCCUGAGAAUACCCUUUUGCUGGCGAAUUAUGCGCAGUUUCUUUACCUUGUUGCUCGGGAUUACGACAGAGCUGAGGAGUACUUCAAGAGAGCUACAAAAGUCGAGCCUAAAGAUGACGAGGCAUUGAAUAAAUACGCGAACUUCCUGUGGGUCGUGAGGAACGAUCUUUUGGGUGCCGAGGAGAAGUAUUUGGAAGCCAUAUCUGCAGAGCCCGAUAACUCGUGUUACGCGGCUAAUUAUGCCCAUUUCCUGUGGAAUACGGGCGGGGAAGAUACUUGUUUUCCUUUGAGCUCGAUCGAAUCCAAUGAUGAUGUGUAG